AUAGCACGACAAGGAUUUCAAUUAUAUGCUGAUAUAGAAUUUGAUUCGGUAGAAAGAAUAAAAGUAGAUGAAAAUAAUAAAGUGGCACGAACGCCAGAAAAUCAGGGUUCUUCGUCCAAAUACAUUCCGACCAACGACUCUGAUUUAUCUAAUGAGUCAGAGGAUAUUUUAGUAAAUGUCAUAGUAAGAAAGUAA